GGGCAGAAUGCAUAAACUCAAGAGGAAGGUGUGUAGAGAUGAGUAUCUAUUGGAAAUGCAUUUUCAGAUUUCCUCCAUGAUGUGUGGAAUAUAUGCCUGUCUUCAUGUGUCUGUUCCUAGCAAUGAAAAAAGCAGGAGCACCAUUAAUUGUGUGUGUCAUUGCACUCACAUAAAGGAUAGUAUUUUGAAGAGACGGGGUCCAGAUGCUAGUAGUUCUAAGAUAAUUUAUAUCAGAGAUAAAGUAAAAGCCAUAUUUUUUGCAUCUGUUUUACAUCUUAGAGGAACAUCUGUUGUGCAGCAACCUUAUGAAGAUAGUUAUGGGAAUCUUCUUUUAUGGAAUGGCGAAAUAUUUCAUGGAUUAGAGGUAGAUGAUGAGGAGUGUGAUACAGCAAGACUUUCUAAAUGUUUAUCAGAUGUAAGAUGUUCUGAAGGUUUUAUAAAAGUAAUAAGCAGCAUCAAAGGACCAUGGUCAUUUAUCUACUGGCAGGAAGAUACAAAGUGCUUAUGGUUUGGUCGAGACAUUUUUGGAAGGAGAAGUCUCUUGUGGAAAAAUGAAAUAAACAACUUAGGUACAUUUUCCCUGUGCUCAGUUGGCUUAGAAGACAGGGCAUGGAAAGAGGUUCCUGCUGAUGGACUAUAUUGUCUUGACUUGAAUGAAAAAAAUCUUGAAAAAAAUAUUAAUAUUUCAAAAUAUUCAUGGAAUUGUUCGGUAUCUGGAAAAGCUAGUGAUUGGACAUCAGGAGAAGUUAGUGAAGGAAACUUUAUGGAUUUUCAUAGUUAUACAUCUGAACAAUGGGUUUUGUCACCACUUAAGUGUUGUCUGAAUGAUUCUGAACCACGAUUAGAGGAUGUGGUCGUAGUAUCUCCAGUUGAUUGUGGACAAUUGAAACGUCUUAGUGGCAUCGGUUCCUUAAAAGAUAAUGAAGAUAAAGAGAGUGUUUCUAAGCAACUUGACCAAAUGGACCUAAAUAGUUAUAAUGUAGAAUCUACUCUGGAAAGUUCUUCUUUAGAGGACAAAAUAUUUAUUAGCUAUUUAAGGAUAAACAAAUUUAAAUCCCUUGUUAGCCAGUUUAUUGAAGUAUUAGCAGAAGCUGUUAAAUUACGUGUUUUAAACCAACCACUUUUAUGCAAAGAUUGUUUGUGUAACUUAAUUAGCAAUGAUACUGAUAAAAGCAAAGAAAUGACAAGGAAAGAAAGAAAAAAGAUGCCAGUAUGUGUACAUGCUCCAAUAGCAGUCAUGUUUUCUGGUGGUCUUGAUUCAGUCAUCUUGGCCUACUUGGCCGAUAGAUUUCUACCACGUCAUCUUCCUAUUGAUCUGUUGAAUGUGGCAUUUGAGCACAAAGUCAGGAUGCAAAGUACAAGUAAAAAAGAAACACACAGCUCUGAAACAACAUAUGACACACCAGACAGAAUCACUGGAAAGGAGGGAGUCAAUGAACUGAGUAUGCUAAAACCUCAUCGGAAGUGGAACUUUGUUGAAAUUAACAUCACCAGAAAUGAAUUACAGUCACAAAGACAGGAUUGUAUUAGACAACUCGUCUAUCCUUGUGCAACUGUAUUAGAUGAUAGCCUGGGUUGUGCUUCUUGGUUUGCUGCAAGAGGAAGUGGUGUUAUUUGGAGUGACAGUAAUUCUUACGAACCAUAUACAAGUCCUGCAAGAGUCGUACUUCUUGGUAUGGGAGCUGAUGAACAGUUAGCUGGCUAUUCAAGGCAUCGUGUAAAGUUUAAAAAUAAAGGGUGGAAAGGCUUAAUUGAAGAAGUUGCUUUGGAAAUUGACAGAAUAUCAUCAAGAAACCUUGGAAGAGAUGACAGAGUCAUAACAGAUCAUGGAAGGGAAGGACGUUUUCCGUAUCUUGAUGAAAGUGUCGUCUGUUUUCUCAAUAGUUUACCUAUGUGGUAUAAAGCUGAUUUAUCUCUUCCACGAGGAGUUGGUGAAAAACUUCUACUCAGGUUAGUGGCUUUUCAGCUAGGGCUGAAAAAAGCAGCCAGCUUACCAAAAAGAGCCAUGCAGUUUGGAUCACGGAUAGCUAAGACUGAAGAUUCUAAAGAAAAAGGCUCAGAUGCAUGUGGUCGCUUGAAACAGACUAAAAUGAUAUAGAUACAGUAAAUUGGCUUUAGAGAUGUUUAAAUCUUUUAACUGUAAAUAUGUAAUAUUUACGUUUGAUUAUACAAUUCUCUUUGAGUUAUGGGUAAUAUCUUAGUGUUUAUAAGAUUUAUUGUAAUCAUGAUAAAUAAAUUGUUGGUUUCUUUAGUAAGAA